GGGGCGGUGCCGGCGGAGUUGGGCGCGGGCGCGCGGUGCGGGGUGCGCGCCACCGCCCCUCGGCCCGGCUUGCUGGCCUUCCCCACCUAAGCCCACGGCUGCUUCAGCUGGCCCCACCCCUUCUUCCUCUCCUGGCCCGGAGGCCUGGUGCGCGGUGCAGGGCGAAGAUCGCUGCCUGGCUACUGGGGCAAGGCUCUCGAGGGUGGCACGCCAGGCGCGGGGCGCGAGGCCAGAGCUGGCUCGGCAGGGUGCAGGGGGAGGGUCCGACGGAGCCCCCAGAGGAAAGCAGGGACAGACAGGGGGUGCCGAGGCAAGUAAGUUGCUGGAGCUGAGGGAGCAUCAUGGCUGUGUUUCUGGAAGCCAAGAAUGCCCAUGCAGUCCUGAAACGGUUCCCUCGUGCCAAUGAGUUCCUGGAGGAGCUGCGUCAGGGCACCAUUGAGCGGGAGUGCAUGGAAGAGAUCUGCAGCUAUGAAGAGGUCAAGGAAGUAUUUGAGAACAAAGAGAAAACGAUGGAGUUUUGGAAGGGAUACCCGAAUGCGGUCUACUCAGUCCGAGAUCCCUCGCAGAGCUCAGACGCCAUGUAUGUGGUGGUGCCCCUUCUGGGGGUAGUCUUGCUGAUUGUCAUUGCCUUGUUCAUCAUCUGGAGGUGCCAGCUGCAGAAAGCAACUCGUCACCACCCCUCCUAUGCUCAGAACCGGUACCUAGCCAGUCGUGCCGGGCACAACCUCCCCCGAGUCAUGGUAUACAGGGGCACUAUGCAUAGCCAGGGAGAAUCCUCUGGGCACCGAGAGGCAGGGAAUAAUCCACAGAUAGUCUUGGGGCCCAGCCGGGGAAGUAGAACCACUGUCCGACUGGAGAGCACCCUCUACCUCCCUGAGCUCUCUCUUUCCAGACUGUCCAGCGCUACCCCUCCCCCCUCCUAUGAGGAGGUGACUGCACCCCAGGAGGGCAGCAGUGAGGAUGCCAGUGUCUCUUACAGUGACCCUCCUCCAAAGUAUGAAGAGAUUGUGGCAGCCAGCCCCAGUGCAGAUAAGUAGCUGAGCAUGGGCCCUGGCUUGUAUAAAAGCCUUUUCCAGAGGUAGCCUGCUUCUUUUUGGACUUCUGAAAGACUGUGCCACCACAAAACAGCCUUAGCCUCCUUGUUGCCAAAUAAUUCCCCAACCAUGGAUUGGUAGGAAGUCAGUUGGUAGAGACAGUUGGUGUGUGUGUGUGUGUGUGUGUGUGUGUGUGUGUGUGUGUCGGGGUGGGGGGCCAUAGGACAAGUGUAUGAUCCCCCUGGGAAAAACUACAGACCUGAACGCCCGGGUCUUCCAGACCCCACCCCACCACUGCCAAGUCCCCAAUGUCCUGCCAUAUCUUUAGGGACUGGCUUCUCUUAUGCCAAAGGAAACAUCUCAUGGUGUUGAUUGUGACCAGAAUGUCCACAGGCUCAUCCCGGUGGCUAUGGGGCUGUCUAGGAACCCCUGUGUAUCUGGGGACCUAGGCCACAGAGAUGAGGCGGUCAAGCUAGCCCUGUGGUUUCCCCUUUCUCCAUAGUUCCAUGCCUACUGUUCUUAUUUAUAUUAUGAGGACAGAAACAGAGAUUGAUCUAGGAACAAAACACAAACAAUAACAAGUGAACCAUAAAUGAAAAUAAUAUAACCUGGACCAUUUGAAGCCCUCCAAAAGAAAUCAAUUAGACAGACCUUGGCACAGCCUUCCUCCAACACCCACCCUUAUGCUCCUGACCAGGGUGAAGUCUAUGUAUAGAUCAACCUGGUAGGAGGACAGGGGAUGGGAAGGAGGAGGGAAAGGGGCUGGGUGGCAGAGCUCCUUCUUCCAGACCAACCAAGGGGCCCACUUCAACUCUGCUAUCUUGUUUGUGAUGUGUACCAGCUGUGCUAAAAUAAGUCCCCACUGGCACAAGCCCAAAUGUAGCCUUGGAGAACUCUGUUGUGGGGAAAACUGAUGUCCUCUUCUCCCAUGGAUCCCAGGGCCUCUCCCUGGCUGUUCCAGACUGGCACAGCGAGCUCAAGAUUCCUCUUUUGUGAGACUGAUAAACCCAUAGGAUAGUUCAAACCAUGAGCACCACCUCCUUGGCACUGUGCUGUCUGGCUUUCCAGUUUUAGGAUACUUCCUUUUUUGUAAAUAGGUGCAUUGAACUUGAACUUUAGAUUGUGAUUUCUCCUAAUGAUGGUGCCUGUACAGGGAGAAGCUCCUGAAGUGUCUCUUAAAAAUUUUCUUAGUGUGGGAGACCGUGACCUGGAGUCUAAAGUCCACCUGGGGUUUGCUCUGCCAUGGCAAGGUGCUGAUCUACUUUCAAUGAGGCUUGGGAAGAUGCUGGGCAGAGGUGGCUUGUUCUUUAAUCAAGGAUGAGGUAAAAGACUUUGCUGAUACCAUCUCUACCCGCCCCAGCUCUAUUCUCCUGGUGUCUGUGCCAAAUCAUUUUUCCUCUGUGGUGCUUUAAAAAUGUAGCACAUUUGUGUGGGGCCCAAAAACAGUGCAUAGCGUGGGUCUGUUGGCAAUGGCAAUGGUUUCCAGCCCACAGAGUUGACAAGCUUCCUUCUGUCUAAGCAGCCCUUCGAGGCAGACACUGAGACACAUUCCUUGAGUGCAGCCCUACCUUGAGGCCCCAGAUGACUUCUACAGGCUGUUCCAGUACAGGGGACUUUCCCCGGGAUUUGUUUCUAGUCGAGCUUGUGUUCUUAACCCAGUGAGGUUGCCAGCUUGGAUAACUCCACCCUGUGGCUCCCCUACCUCACAGGCCCAUUGGAGGCUGAUGGAGCUAAUGCAUUGUGAAGAGCUUGAAGCCCCUUGGAACCAGUGAAGUUUACCCUUAGCAAGAUUCUUCUAGAAAUAGGUAGUAGCUGUAAGGGACUGGUUUUAGGCAAGGGCUUCAAAUGCCUCUGAUGUUGAGUGUCAACCUGAGGAGUCAGUCUCUUUCCAUUUUACUCUACGUGGGCCUUCCUUUCUCCCCAGAGUUUCCUGACACCAGAAAUGACCAAAUGGCAUUCUUCCCUCUGUCCCUUCAUUUUGAUCUUUUCCCCUCCCUCCCUUCCUGCUUUCUUUCCUUCAUGUUUCUCUUCUUCCCUUUUCUUUCCAUUAAUUUUUCUUUUUAUUCUUUCUCUCCAUUGGUCAUCUAGUAUUGCACUCUGGCCCUUCCUAAUGAAGGGAUUUGAGGCUCAGAAGUCCCCUUCAUUUUUCCGUGAUGGAGACUGGGCUUAGUCUCAUCCAGACAUGAUGGAGAUCCUGGGGAAGCUGGAAGCUCUGGGUCAGCCCAACCUCUGCAUUUUAUUAAGCUGGUGCCUGAUUGUGACCUGGGAUAUAUGAAGACAAACUUA